AUGCCGACGUACCUGAGACGCAGCCUCGGGGCGCUCUUCUUCGGCGCGAGAUCCAACGUUCUCCUGAUCUGCGUUCCCGCGACCUUUCUCGCCAUCCUCCAUAACUUCCCUGAUGGCUACGUAUUCACCCUCAGCCUCCUUUCCUUGAUCCCCCUCGCGGAGCGUCUCGGUUUCGUUACAGAGCAACUCGCUUUGUGCACUAACCCUACUCUGGGCGGGCUCCUCAACGCUACGUUCAGCAACGCUCCGGAGCUUAUCAUCGUUCUAGUGGCUCUUAAAAGAGGGCUCGUUCGGAUUAUUCAGCUCUCGAUCCUCGGAUCGAUCCUGGGGAAUCUUCUGCUGUGCCUGGGAAGCGCGUUCCUCGCAGGAGGAAUUUACCACAAGCAUCUGGAGUUUAAUCGCCCAGCCGCGCAAAUGAACAGUGGCGCGCUGAUGCUCGCGAUGAGCGGGAUGCUCUUCCCCAACCUGCUGCACGCAACGGGCACGGAGCUCCACGAAUACGACUCGCAGCUCGGCCUCUCGCGCUUCGCUGCCGUCCUCAUGCUCUUCGCGUACGCCGCGUACAUCUACUUCCAGCUCGUCACGCACCGCGAGUUCUUCGAGGAGGGCGAAGACGGCGGCGACGGCGCGGACGGCGGCAGCGGCGGCGGAGGCGGCGUGGAGCAGUCGGAGCUGGGCUUGUGGGGCGGCGUGUUCUGGCUGAUUGUCGUGACGACGCUGAUCUCCGUCCUGUCGGAUGAUCUGGUGAAUUCGGUUGAGGGAACGGCCACGCAGUGGAAUGUGCCCUUCUCCGGGAUCUGCGUCGUCGUGCUGCCACUCGUUAAUAAUGUCACUGAGCACACGUCCGCCAUUUUCUUUGGCAUGCGCGACAAGCUCGACGUGGCCCUCUCCAUCGCGGUCGGCUCGUCCAUCCAGCUCGCCAUGUUCCUCAUCCCGCUCGCAGUCAUCGGCGGGUGGAUUAUCGGAGUCCCCAUGGACCUCAACUUCCACCGCUUUGAAACGCUCGCUCUCUUCAUCACGGUUCUGAUCACCGUGCUUGUGCUGCACGAGGCCAAUGCCAACUGGCUCAAGGGGCUCAUGCUUGUUCUCAUGUACGCUAUUCUCGCCGCCACCUUUUUCAACCACAAGGAGACUUUUCUGGGGCCGGAUUCGGGGGGCGCUGCGGGGAGUGCGGCGGGCGGGGUUGCAGGGGUGCUGGGUGGGGCUGCAGGGAUUCCGGCGCUGCACCAUGAUUUGUGA